UGAUGACGUCACUUCCUGGCGGGAUUUUCCACUGAUGUAAACACAGUUAGUGACAGAUUUAUCAACACAACUACGGAAACACGAGACUCCAAAUGUGACAACUCUCUCUUGUUAAGUGAUCGUUAAAGUGCGUUCGUAGUUCAUCUUUCUGCUAAUUCGACAGUUUAACAUAGGCUUCGAGAGAAGGAGUCAUUUCUGCCCAGAGUUGCGCUUUCUGUAGUUUAUUUAGGCUUGUCAGGAUUCGUUCCUCGUUAAGAAAACCCUCGUUAAGAAAAGGCACCUUCCCUGUGUUGUGUCCCUGUGUUGUGAUGGACCCAUCUGACAUUGUGGGAAACCUCAACCACAUGGUGGAGUCUGUGGCACUGAAUGGGCCCUCUGCUCCUGACAGCACUGGACAAAAGGAUACCUCGCCCGCAGACAUGCUGAGGAUAAAACAACAGAUGUCUAACCAGUGCUUUGAGAUGGCAGUACAGAUCAAUGCAGGAAAAAGUAAAAGAUCAUGCAGCUCAUCAGAAGCUGAGAGAGACUUGCCAGAUUAUGUGGAUGAACUGGACAGAGUCAAGACUGCUCAUUUUAACAGCACAUUGGCCUUGCACAGAAUGCAGAUGUGGCACGCAAUUGGAGAAAAACUGAAACAGAAUGACUCUGAGGCAGAUGCCCUGAAAGCUGUGAGUGAGCGCUGCAUGGCUCUUUGUUCACACAUAAAACAACUUCAGAAAGAGUCAAGAGAUCUUCAAGACGACAUCACAGAAAUACAGAAGAAGAGGCUUGAGAAUAAGAGACUCACACAUGAGAAAAUGAGAGAGAUGGAAGAGUUGGUGUCAAAGAAGCAGCACCCAGACACAGAGAAGUACAAAGCUGCACUGGAGAAAGGCCAGGAGAACCUGGAGAAAUAUAAAAAGAUGACCAUCAUGAUACAGAACGUACUCAGGGGGGUCCUCAUGGCCGGUAAAGUCAACUGGAUGGAAGAUCCCAAACUUCGAGACAUCGCAAUGACACUGGAAGAGUUUCCGAUUUCAGACUAAAGAAGGAUCCAUUUAUUUCUUAUUUAUAUUUUCUGUGUUGUAUUAUCUAAUAAAUAAUCAAGAUAACUUGAAACCA